AUGGUAUUUAAAUCAUUUGCAAACUCUGCAGGUUUGGUAAAUUCUUUAGAAGAAAGUGACAAUAAGUGGCUAUAUGCAUAUUGCCAAUAUUUUUCGAUUAAAAAAUUUCUUUGUGAUGCAUCAGAAUUGGCGUUUUUGGCUAUAGCGUCCACUAUGGAUUUAAGCAGGUCUUGCUUAUUGGCAGUUUCUAUUGGCAGUUUCUAUUGCAUUUGUAUUGAGCAGUAG